AAAAAUUUAGGAUAAGUUUUUGACAAUUGACAUUUAACAACUUGGACUUGGUUGGAACGUGUUUUUAUUCAAGCUAUACAAUAUUAAACGCAAAUUAAAUUAUAAAUAGUUUGCAAUGGCGAAAAAGCGAAAGAUUAUGUCAAAAUUGGGCGACACACCUAAGUCAGCACCGGUCGAAGUAGUCAUAGAAGACGUAACAAAUCACCCACUGUGCAUGCACGGGCCAACACUAUUAUUUUCUAGCGAAAAAGGUCGAUAUUUCGCAUGUUCGUCGUGCAGGAACAAAAAAGACUGCACAGUACACAUCAGCGAAGAAGACUGGUUGAAGGAGAACGUCAAGAAACGAAAUGAAAAGUACUAUAGCCUAAUUCCAACGAUCAAUAAAAAUCAAGCGUGGAAUAACUUUGCGGAGGUUAGAUCAAGGCCAGUAUCUGACCGGGCCUACUGUAACACAUGCCAAGAACUGUACAUAGUGUCAAAAACAAAAAAACAUGGUAAAGACCACAGAGUCAUCACUCCACUUAUGGAUGAGCAGCUCAAACAACCUUCAUCAUGGUUGCCAUUAUUGGAGAAUGAUGCAGUUGAAGCACAGUACUUGUUCACAAAGAAAUCUGCCGGCACUGUGCUGGGUAUACUCAAAAACAAUAGCAUAAGAAAUAUCUUAUGCAUUGGAACUCCAACUGUUCAUGAGGCAGCACAAGCCCACCCAGACUUUAACUCUAUACUCCUGGACUACGACAAGAGAUACCAUGUGUUCCACCCCCCUGAUAAAUACAUAUGGUACAACAUGUUCAAUAAUUACAUGUUCAAUGCUAAUGAUGAUGAAAAAUUACUAAAAAAGUUCUUUAAGAAGUCAAGAGAUGGUGGUAUUUGUGUUGUAGUGGACCCUCCUUUUGGAGGCCGUGUGGAACCACUGGCAAAGACACUAAGGGAGCUCACAGAUAUGUACAAUAAAAUAUGUGAGAAAGACGAUACCUUGCUACCUGUUUUAUGGGCGUUUCCAUACUUCUCUGAGCCCUACAUUACAAAUAUGUUACCGGAAAUUAUAAUGCAUGAUUAUCAGGUUGAAUAUGAGAAUCAUAAGAAAUUUCAAACUAAAACGAAAACUGGACGCAAAUACGGAUCACCAGUUCGUUUCUAUACUAACCUACCUCUUAUCACUAUAGAUUUAUCGAAUGAUAAAAACUACAAGUUCUGUGACAAAUGUAAAUACUGGGUUUCAGUGACAAAUAACCACUGUAAUAAGUGCAAAGAGUGCACGAGUAAGAAUGGAAUGACAUAUAGACAUUGCAAUAUUUGCAAACGGUGCGUGAAGCCUACGUUCUUCCAUUGUCAGCAGUGUGAACGAUGUUGCCAGGAAAAGGAACAUGUUUGUGGUGUUGAAGUGACAAGUCAGGUAAAUAUAAACCUAUGUAUAUCGUUUUUAUAUAUUAUGAAUGUAUUUACUUACACCAAAUACAUUUAUGGACUACAGAAAACCCUGUGCUGUGGUUGUUAGCUCACUUACUCAUUUGAACCUCACUUCGAUAAAGCGGCACGACAUGAGAAUCCUCUCAUCGUGGCCACCGGAAACUACAUAGCCGAUUCUGCGGACCAAAUGGUAAACAGUUGUCGUCGCCCAAAACACGUCAUUUCGGAUCCUCCCGGUGUACUAACGGUGUUUUAGGUACUCCAAGCACCGGUCAUCGUUCUCGUCGAACCCGUCGCCGCGACGAAGGGCUCGGCGAGUAAAUUAACCCACAGACACAGCCCACUGAGUUUCUCGCCGGAUCUUCUCAGUGGGGCCGCGUUUCCGAUCCGGUGGUAGAUUCUGCCAAGUACGGCUCUUGCUAGGUUCGUGUUAGCAACAUCGUCAGGUUUGAGCCCCGCAAGCUCACUUACUAGUUAAGGUUACGCUGAUAUGGUGUCUUUAGACUCGAUUAGGUAGGGAAAAAAAACUUAAUAAUAUUAUUUUUUUAUAGCAUAUUCAGUCCUUCCCAGUAUGCAACUUUACUAUAUAUUUAUAAUCUUACAGUCUUGCUACAAUUGCAAUGAAAAGGGUCACAAGAAAACCCAGUGCCCACAGCUACAGGAAAAAGUAAAGAAGAGACGAAAGCAAGCAUGAAACAUUUAUUAAAAAAUAAAUCAAUUAUAAAAACUAAAA